AUGGCCCUCUUUAAUGCUGACAACAAAACAGCUUUCCCCCUUGAAUUGACAAACCAGACCAAUAUCCCAGAGGAGAGCGAAGAUCCCGUCUUCUAUCCAACUCCCCUCUUUGCGGUCACCAACGGGAGUGCGAUUGUGACCAAUGCUAUCAGCCAAGUUAAUUCUAUUCUUACAACAGACGCGUCAAAUUGCUCCAAAUGUCUCUCGGCGUUGGAAGUCGGCCAAUAUGUGGCUCAGCGGGUGCCUACGAUGGUCCCGGAUCUGCUGGUACAGUUGUGCAUAAGCAGCGGGUUCAUGUCCAACACGAGCUGUCAUGAGAAUUAUGAUGCUGAAAACUUUGGCGCUAUCUAUACCCAAAUCCUCGCCCUGGGUGAUAUGGCUGGAUCCGAUGGACAGUAUCUGUGCAACUUUUUGAGCGGCAACUUCUGCCCUCGCCCGUUCACUCUUCCCUCCAAUACCACCGGGUUUUUCGGCCCCAAGCCUGCCAAUAUCACUGUACCCAAACCCAGCGGCAAAAGAGUCAAAGUCAUCCAUUUGAGUGACAUGCACAUCGAUCCAAGAUACGCCGUCGGUUCCGAAGCAAACUGUUCAAGUGGGCUGUGUUGCCGUUCCAAUAAUCCAAAGAGUGCUUCGGGUCACUUGGAGAUUCCUUCACCAUUAUACGGCGCGUUCAAAUGCGACAGCCCUUACUUCCUUCUGACGUCUGCCUUGGAGUCGAUCGCACCCCUGACAGGCACCACGUGGAACAACCAGUCCGACAAUGACCAAUUCGCUUGGGGGAUAUACACGGGCGAUUUGGUGUCUCACGAAUCCCAGAAUGAACUGUCCAACAACUACACCCAAUAUGCCGAGACCUCGAUCUAUCAUAUGAUCAAGUCCUAUAUUCCUAGCGGGCCCAUCUUUGCCGUGCUUGGGAAUCACGAUAGCAACCCGGAUGGUAUCGAUUCUCCGCAUAGCCUGCCAGGAAAUCUUGGCCAGCAACAGUCAUGGAACUGGAACCACGUCUCUUCGCUCUGGCAGCAGAACAACUGGAUUAGUGCCGAGGCCGCAAACGAGGCUCGCAUGCACUAUGGCGCCUACAGUAUCAACCACCCAAAAUACCCACAGUUGAGGAUCAUCACCUUCAACACCGACUUCUGGUACCGGAGCAACCUCUUGAACUACAUCAACACCACAGAUCCGGACAACAGUGGGAUGUUCAAGUUUGUGGCGCAAGAGCUUGCGGAUGCCGAGGCCAAAGGUGAACGAGUCUGGUUAUUGGGCCACGUCUUGUCGGGCUGGGAUGGUUCCAACCCGCUUCCCAACCCUACAGAUCUUUUCUACCAGAUUGUCGAUCGGUACUCUCCACAUGUGAUUGCCGGUGUCUUCUUCGGCCACACUCAUGAAGACCAGUUCAUGAUCUACUACAGCAACAACGGCACCACACAAGAUGCUGCCCAUGCCGUCAACGUCGGUUGGAUGGGCCCGAGCGUGACUCCUCUGACCAACCUGAACUCGGGCUAUCGCAUGUACGAGGUGGACACGGGAGAUUUCUCCGUCUACAACGCCUACACCUAUUUCGCCAACGUAAGCGCCUUUCAAACCCUCAACGCCUCUCAAACAGGUCCCGUAUGGAGUUUUGAGUACUCCACCAGGGACACAUACCAGGUUGGAUGGCCCGAAGAUGCGCCCCUCAACGCGACAUACUGGCAAAAGGUCACCGAGGCCAUGGCAGCGAACCACACGCUGGUGAGCAUCCAGAACACGUUGCAGGGGAAGAUGAGCGUCAUGAGCCCCAACUGCACCAACAACGCGUGUGCCGAGGCCAAGGUCUGCUACAUGCGGAGCGGGAGUGUGGCUUUGGGGAGACAAUGUCCGCAAGGAUUUGGUUCUGUCCAGAGCCCUUUUACGGGCAAGAACUUUUAA